UUAACAGCAGGGGGAAAUGAAAUCCUAAAAAAUUAAAAACCUUGCAUUUCAUCCAUCUUUUAGGGAUUCCAUGUAAACCCUAGACCUCAUUUGAAGGUUUCGUUCUUAGUCAAGUUGUAUCUGUUCGGGAAGGAAUAACGAAUUCAUCCACUCCACCAGCUGACAAGCUUCACUCUUUGCUUCUCCUUUUCUCUAUAAACCCUAGACCUCAUUAUGCGGCUGCAACUCUUCCUCCCUUACCUAUUUUUGGAGCUUGGCAGGCAUAUAGUGGUCAACGAUGUCAACUAUCCUCUUUUAUCCACCAUUUUCUCCCUCUGAGACGUUAAAGACACGUCAUCCUAAAAUUGGAAGAACUAGGGCUUUUGUUCUCUAGAUCUCACAAGAAACAAGUUUGCCUCGUCCCCACCCUCACCCAUCCAAAUUCCUUCUUCUUCAAAUGAUUAUAUGUUCUUACCUCUCAACCAUACCUGAAUCAAUAUAUCUGUCUCUCUUGUGUCUAUUCUCCCAAUAUCUCUCGCGCUUUCCUAUUUACAGCCAAAGUUUGAGAGUGAAAAGAAAAAAGAAGAAAGAAAACAUGUGCCUAUUAUUCCUCUUUCUCCCUCUUUUCUUCCUCUGGUGAGGUUGCGUUCGAAGGUUGUCAAGGGGUUAUGAGGAGAAGGGAGAAGAAGGGUUGUGAUCUCUUCUUAUGAAAGCGAAAAUGAAUCUACCACGAGGCGGCACAAAAGCAACUAGACUCAUCCACAUCGGCGGAGAAGGGAAAAGAGGAGUUCUAAAAGAGAGAAAAAGAAGAGGAAAGAGAGGCGAAAGAUAAAGAAAAAAGAUUAAGUGAUAAAGAUAGAAGGAAAAUGAGCAGGUGCUGGAGAUCAAAUUGAGAGGUAAAAGGAGGGGUUCAGAUUCAGAAGACUUCAUCGUUUUAAUUUCAUCUUCAUUGAGUACAAGUCGGCAUCGAUUGGGUCAUACAAACUGACGUGGCAACUCAUUCCUUAAUCUCAAUGCGUCAUCACACCCCUAAAUCUCGAUUUUACAGACACCUGUCUUUGAGUUUUUUGUCAUUCCUUUUCUCCUCCUUUUUGAAUCCCUUUCUAUUGCGUUACAGCAGAAACACAUUUUCAAUUCUGAAAAAACCCCUAAAUAUGACCUAGUCAGCAUGUUUAAAACGAUGAUUCUGAUGAUACCAUCUACUGAGGAAGAAAAAAGGAAAAAUGAUGAGGCAUUGUAACAUCAUCAUUGACCACCAUCCACAUAUUCUCCCUAAGUCGAAACCCUAAAUAUUGUGGUGGUAGGUUUGACAGUGGAAAAGAUGGAUACAUCAAAGUUCUUGUUAAUGGGUUUAAUGAGAAAUCCAGUAUGCCCAUGAGAGGUUCCCCAUACCACUGUUUCCUUCGGUUUUCUAUCUUUCUUAUAUAUAUAAUUUUCUUUUUGAAAUUGUAGGUUUUGUUUGUUGUAUGUUGAAAUCGCCCCCACUUUUGAUGUUUUCUCUUUUCUAAAUAUGGCCGAAGGGGAUGGGGCUCAAAUUCUAUUGAAAGCUCGAUUUCCAUGGGAUUUAUGGAGUAUAAACUCUCAUACAAGUUCUCGUAUACUGCACACCAAAAGAAACGGAUAUACAUAUGCUUUUUGUUUCUCUACCCCAUUCUAUAAAGUUUUCUAUAUUUUAUUUAAAUUUACUAUUCACCAAGAAUUCCAAAUGUGAUUUUUUAGGGAAGGGGUUUGAACGUGUGAUGAUAUUAGGGAUUACAAAGAACAUGAUAUAAGGGAUUUGGUAGCUGCUCAAUGUCUUGGAUAUCUAUGAUUUUAUACCUCACUCACAGUGUGGAGUUAUUAAUUCUAAGGACAAGUAUGGGACUCCAGAGGCUUAGGUCAGUUAGAGCAAUGGUGAACUUUAGAUCACAACAGAGUUCCAGUUAUGUUGCAUAUAAGGAAACAAAUCAAGGUGUGAAACCUACUUUUAACUGGAUGCCUCGUUUGUGGUCCCCUCUUUCUGACUUUCUACUUCCUAAACACGAUUUUGGUGACAUCACCGUUACUGGUUCUCGGGGAAGCCCUUUGCACCAUUUUGAUUCCGAUGACACAGAAGAAGAAGAUACACUUAAAGUUAAGAUCCAUUUUGAAGUGAUGUUGUUUCGUAUCUAUAUCAUGUAUUUUACUACAUGUAAUAACCAAAAGUCAAGGGUUAUUUUAGCUGACAAAAACAAAGGUCUUGCCUUCCCUCAACAAAAGCUUAUGUCUCUUCAAUACCAUCCGGAAGCUUCUCCUGGACCCCACAAUUCAUACCUUGGUUGAUGAUUUGUCAAGAUUGUUAAGACUAUUUUCCAAAAAUACCGCAUGGAUUGGAUCCUGUCUCUAGUAUGUUUAAAAUGGUUUGUGAUUUAGAAGCUUUCGAGGAAACAAGACUCAAGCAAAAGUAAAC